AUGGAAUCGUCAAUCAUGCAGUCAAUCAGAGGCCAGGAAGGACCUGGAACUCACUCUGGAGGUGCAGGGGCGAACGGCGCAGGAGGAUGUGGGACCGGGACAAACAAAGGGGCCUCUGGAUCACACGGGCUCGGAAAUGGAAUUCUGUCUGGUGGAGAAGGAGUCUCCGGGGCCGCCGGUAGCCUAGCGGCCACGGCCGCCUCUGCACUUGGAACGGUCAGUGACAAUUUAGUUGCCUCAUUUAUAAGCUCUCAAGCUCCUUUAAAAGAUGCUCGGCCACCGCAACAUCUAGCUUACCGUAAGGGUACCUCUACAGAUCUAAGCCUUUUACCUGCAGUUUAG